CCUUUUUGAGAUCCCAAUAUAACUUUUACUAUGUGUGAUUAUGGAAGAGUAACAUAUUAUUGAUCAAAGAAUUCAUGCGUUUUUGUUUUGUAUUCGUUUAACGCCUUUGAGAAAUUCCACCCAAAUCUGCAGAGCCUUGGCAUUCUGUCUGCUCUGGUUGAUUGGCUUGGAAUUUGUAAAAAAUGGAGAAGGAGAAGAAGUCUUCAGUGUCUGAUGUAGGAGCGUGGGGCAUGAAUAUUGUGAGCUCUGUGGGAAUUAUCAUGGCCAACAAGCAGCUCAUGUCCCCCCAUGGCUUUGGCUUUGGCUUUGCUACAACUUUGACUGGCUUCCAUUUCUCUGUUACUGCAUUGGUUGGUUUGGUGUCAAAUGCCACUGGCUACUCUGCUUCAAAGCAUGUUCCUUUGUGGGAACUUGUUUGGUUCUCACUUGUAGCCAAUGCCUCAAUCACUGGGAUGAACUUGAGCCUCAUGCUUAACUCUGUUGGAUUUUAUCAGAUAUCGAAGUUGAGCAUGAUUCCCGUGGUAUGUGUGCUGGAAUGGAUUCUUCAUGGGAAACAUUUUGCAAGGGAAGUCAAGUUGGCUGUGGGAGUGGUGGUUGUAGGUGUGGGAAUAUGUACAGUGACUGACGUGAAAGUUAAUGCCAAAGGUUUCCUCUGUGCUUGUGUGGCUAUCUUGUGUACAUCCUUGCAACAAAUUUCAAUAGGUUCCUUGCAGAAGAAGUAUUCGAUAGGCUCUUUUGAAUUGCUCAGCAAGACAGCUCCAAUACAAGCUCUCUCGCUUCUUGUUUUUGGUCCGUUCUUCGAUUAUUAUCUUACUGGAAAAGUUCUAUUGGAGUAUAAGUUGUCUUCUAGUGCACUUUUUUUCAUACUACUCUCCUGCUCCUUAGCAGUAUUCUGCAACAUCAGCCAGUACCUCUGCAUCGGACGUUUCUCAGCUGUCUCAUUCCAGGUUUUAGGUCACAUGAAAACAGUGUGUAUCCUGACGUUGGGGUGGCUACUUUUUGAUUCGGAGCUCACACUGAAAAACUUGCUUGGAAUGGCUCUUGCUGUUCUUGGCAUGGUAGUAUACAGUUGGGCUGUGGAGCAACCCAAGACCCUCCCUAUUACAAGAGACAGUCUGUCAGAAGAGGAUCUGAAACCAUUGAAGGAGGGAAUGACAGAGAGUCCAUUGAACGACGCGGAGCUUCGCGAGUCUAAAGUGUAGACUCACCAUUAUCGGACUCAAUUUGUUUUACCUUCAUUCCAUGCCCUAGCAAGAUAUGAGAUAAGCACAGGUUUUGGCAUUCAUCUGUUCAUUCGGCACAGGCUUUCCGUCAUCUGAUUCUAUUUUUUCACGAAAUAUGCUCAAUUUUUGGUCUCUAUUUAUUUGUCUGAAAGGAAUUAAUAAUGAAGUUUAGGCUGAACCAGUUGUUGAUGGUUGUAGAAUACUUGUAUAUGCAUUUCAGUAUCAGUACUGAGAAAAAGUUCAAUUAAUGAAGGAUUUAUUUCUUUUUU